GUUUAUGCAAAGAGCAUCCAGAGGCUGCUUCACCUGGGUCACAAGAGGAGUCGGACAAUACUUCUCUUCAUAGAGCACGGGACUUGCAUACAUCAAAUGCUCCGCUUGGCGCAUACAAACGCUCCAUGGUGGCAAGAUCGCAGUCCCUGAAGCCUGGAAGCGGGUAUCGCCUCCUCCUCGUCCACCUGUUACUAGAGGCAGGUGAGCAGAGCACCGAGUGGCAUGUACUGACCCGGGGUCACGACCCGACUGGAUAACGCGCAGCCACACACUGACCACAUGGCACCUGCUGGGGAAUUCAGCUCGCUGGUAUUGCUGGCAGGACUCAUGGCACUGGCUACUAUUUCUACUGCUGCUUCUGCUAAAGGGCAGCUUAGUUGCAAAGAGGUUCGUGCCAGUUUUCACUCUCUGCAGCCCGGAGUCAGAUGGGUGCCAGAAUCACCUGUUUCAGGGACUGAUCUGCAAGUAUGUGUCACAAAGACCUCAACCUGUUGCAACCGUAGAAUGGAGGAUAGGUAUCAGAUAGUAUCCCGUCUGAACAUGGAGCAGCUCCUCCAGUCUGCCAGCACAAAACUUAAAUUCCUUAUCAUCCAGAAUGCUGCCAUUUUUCAAGAAGCUUUUGAAAUGGUAAUUCGGCAUGCAAGAAAUUACACAAACACAAUGUUCAAGAAUCAUUAUCAGAACAUCUCAGCAAAGGCCAUGAAAUUUGUUGGUGAGCUAUUCACAGACAUCUCAUUGUACCUGCUGGGUUCCGAUAUUAAUGUAAAUGACAUGGUAAAUGAGUUUUUUGAUAGCCUGUUCCCUGUAUUAUACAGCCAUUACCUAAACCCAGGAGUUCAUGAAACAGUGGAAAAUGUUGAGUGUCUUCGUCUGGCAAGGAGUGACACCAAUGCCUUUGGUCAGUACCCUAAAACUAUUAUGACACGAGUAUCAAAAUCUUUGCAGGCUUCUAGGGCCUUCCUGCAAGCACUGAACCUUGGAAUCGAAGUAAUAAACACUACCGAUUACCUGAAAAUUAACAAAGACUGUGGAAGGACACUGAUGAAAAUGUGGUAUUGCUCCCACUGCCAAGGUGUUUUGGAGGCCAAGCCAUGUGCCGGGUAUUGUGGAUCUACAAUGCGAGCUUGCCUGGCUGGUGUGGUGGAUAUAAAUAUACACUGGGAGGAGUAUAUUCUUUCAAUAGAGAGGCACACCAGAGAAAUGUAUGGCAUCUAUGACCUGGAGAAUGUUCUACUAAAUCUUUUCUCAUUAAUUCGAGAGGCUGUUCUACAUGUUGAGAAGAACUGGGGAAAACUAAACACAUCAAUUAAUAAAUUGUGCAGUCCUUCCAAACAAAGAAUAUCCAGAUCGGUGCAUAAUACAGGAGAGUUCUUUAUUAACAAAAAAGAAGUAAAGACUCACACAGACCAUGAAGAGACUCUUUCUGGAAAGAGACGGGAGUUUGUUGCAAAGCUGAAAACGUACAAACAUUUCUAUGGGGAUCUUCCAGCGGAAGUGUGCCAGCAUACUGCUGUUGUGGAAAAUGAUACCUUCUGCUGGAAUGGACAUGAGAUAGUAGAGAGGUUCAGUCCUCACACAGUGAAGAAUGGUUUAAAGAUCCAUUCAAGCCACCAGGAGGGAAAAAUCAGAGGGUCAGAACCUGUUAUUAAUCAGAUCAUCGAUAAAUUAAACCAUAUUAAUCAGCUUUUAAAGGGAAUGUCAUCACAGCGACAAAAAUACCUUGGCAAAUUCACAGAGGAAGAAGAAGCAGAAAGUGGCGACUGUGACGAUGAAGAUGAUUGUGAUGGAGGAUCAGGCAAAAAUAGCUUGAGGAUAAGGAACAAACUGCGUUUUAUUCCAGAAAUGGAUUAUGAUUUUGAUAUAGAGGACAUUCCAUUUAACAAACAAGUUCGGAAUCAGCAGGAACACAAUGGACGAGAGAUCACCCAUCUCCAGUCUGGAAGUGACUACAAAGAGACAGUGCUGGCCAGACUCUUCCCCCUUUUCAUUGCUGCCAUUUUUGGGAUUCUUAUCAUGGUUUGAUUCUUUGUAUUUUACUCUGCUAGCUCUCAGGGGCUAAAAAUGUUGCCAUAUAAAUGUUACAGUUUAUAACAUUCCCAAACAAUUGUAAAGCUUUCUUGAAACAAAAGGGAUUUUAUAUAAUAAAUACAAUUGAUUGGUAAAUAACAAAAACUGUUUAAUAAAAACAUUUUAAUUACACCCUA